AUGGAUAUUAUUGGCGACGAAAAGCAACUCAACUCCGGGCCGGAGGAACUUCUGAAGAGGGGUGAUUCGUCGGAUCUGCAAUGGACAGAAGAAGAAGAGAAGAAGUUACUGAGGAAAAUCGACUUUGUUGUUAUGCCACUAUUGAUUGCUGGGUUCUUCGCUUUACAGCUAGACCGGGGGAACAUUGGCAACGCUUUGACGGAUAACUUUUUCGCCGAUGUUGGCAUUACGCAGAACCAAUUCAAUGUUGGCCAACAGCUCUUGUCCGUCGGCAUCAUUCUGCUUGAGAUUCCUUCCAACCUGAUUUUAUACCGUGUUGGGCCAACUCUUUGGAUCGGUGGCCAGAUAGUGGCCUGGGGACUUGUCGCUACCUUCCAGGCUUUUCAGAAUGGGCUCGCUUCAUUCAUGGCGACGCGACUUCUUCUUGGACUAUGUGAAGCUGGUUUCAUCCCUGCGGCACUUUUCACUCUCACACGAUGGUAUAAGCGGGAUGAAAUAAGCCGACGAUUCUCUUGGUUCUUUGUUGGCAACCUGUUUGCAUUAGCUAUGACCGGCAUCAUUGCCUAUGGAGUUCUCCACAUGCGAGGCAUUGCGGGUUUGGCCGGCUGGCAAUGGCUGUUCAUUCUUGAGGGCAUCUUCACAGUCUUGAUCGGUAUUGGUUUUUUGACCACAUUUCCAAACAAGAUCAAUGACCCUGUCUCUAUUUUGGGGUACCGCUACUUUACUGAGCGCGAAGCCCAAAUUAUAUACGAAAGAGUGCUGCGCGAUGAUCCUACCAAGGCCCAACCAAAGCGCCACGUCACUUGGGCCGAAAUCAAGAGCACAUUGACAAAUUGGCGUCUGUUGCCCCAUCUCGGGUUCACGAUCGCUGGCCUGGCCCCUCCCCAGGCAUUCGGCUCAUACGCCCCGAGCUUGGUCGUCAGCUUCGGCUUCGGGAGACUGGAGUCUAAUGCGCUUGUUUCGAUUGGUUCUUGGGGGCUGAUGUUUGUCAACCUGUUAUUUGGGUGGUCAGCUGAUAGGCUUGGAGUUCGCGGUCCCUUCGUGUCGCUCGGGUUUCUCUUAGGUUUUGCCUUUAACGUCGGAAAUCGCAUCCUCGUUGAAUCGACAAACUCGAAUCUCAAAUUCGGCAUCCUCGUUUGCUCGAUCGCGUUCUCCUGGCCGUGGCAUGCUAUCAAUGGCUCCUGGCUGGCCCUCAACGCCAAGACUGCCGGUGAGCGGUCGAUCACAAUGGCACUUCACAUCAUGGCUGCAAACUGUUCCGGAAUUAUCGGCAAGCAGCUGUUCCGCUCCGAGGAUGCCCCUCUUUACAAAACUGGAUUCUCAGUGAUUACGGGCCUGUCUGCCGCGGCUCUUGUUCUGUCGAUUGUGGCCAACGUCCAGUAUUACUUCUUGAAUGACCGACAAUUGCGCAAAACCGGACUCAGGUUCAUGUACUAA